AUGAAACCCAAGUCGUCGCACAAGGAGCAGGCUCCUAGAGUCGAGAUCGUACCCUCUUCCCAAGUCUCGGACGUGAUACCCCUUGUUGUGGGGAUGUAUAUCGCUGGUCACGGACGAAUGCGCGACGGCGAGACGGUCUUGAAGCUCACGCGACAGAGCAACAACCUCGACGAUGAGCCAUUCGUGGCAUGGGUCCCCGAACACACGCUGCAGUACCUCGAUGCUGACGCGGUCUAUGAAUAUUGGGAGGAUCUUCCGGGCGGCAGGGACCAUCAACUCGGAUACGUGCAAAAAUGGAAUGCAAACAUUGCUGCAGGCCUCAACAAGCAGCACGGUAUCCCUUGGGAGAUAUUCAAGAUAAACGAAUGCAGAAUCCGCAACCGGGAGAUGGAAAUGCUGGUUCACUGGCAAGGGUACAGGGAAGAGGAGUCCAGCUGGAUCGCGGAACGCGACCUCAAGCAGCAAGCGCCCCAGAUGGUGUCGUUUUUUUGGGAACAGCAAAAUGAUCCCACAGCAGUGGUCUCUAAACAGUGGACGCAAACAUCUCUUUCCCAUAGAUGA